AAGCCGUGUUGCAGUCCGAAAUUCGCACUUCUGCAGGUCGUCUAACCAGAGCCACCGCAGGGAACAGCCGUCAUGAAGACCUUCGUUGCCAUCGCGCUCUUGUCUGCUGCCUCACUGGCGUAUGCUGCGCCACGUGCUUCCGUGAAGAAUGAUUUGGUUAGCGGCGCCGGCCCGUCAAGAUCCAGCAGAGCCAGUAGCAGUUUCGGACCAGGCGCAUCUGCUGGACCUGCCAGAUUUGGCGGAUCUGGCGCAUCUGUUGGACCUGCCGUAUUCGGCGGACCUGGUGCAUCUGCUGGACCUGUCGGAUUUGGCGGACCUGGAGGAUUUGGCGGACCUGGAGGAUUUGGCGGACUUGGCGGACUUAGCGGACCUGCUGCACCUUCCAGAGCUGGCCCACAAGGUGGUGCCCCAAGCUUUCCCAGUUUCGGUGGGCCAAGCGUAUCCGCAGGAGCUUUUCCUGGUGGCGCUGGCGGAUUCCCCGCUGGUCCGAGCGCUGCUGGUCCGAGCGCUGCACCCUCAGGUGGCCGACCUGGUGCACCAGCCGGAGGCCUCGUGCACGGUGGAGUCGUCGUCCCUGGGGCAUGGUACCCUGGUGCCUACAAUGUAUGGCCGGUGUAUGCUCCAGCAUAUUACGGAUACGGCUUGGGUGAUGGCUAUGGCUUAGCUGGCGCUCCUCUUAGCGGAUACUUCUACGGUGCUCCCGGAGAAUACUACGGCGAUAAUGGCUACUGGGGCGGCCACGGUGGCUAUGGUUACCCUAGCUUCGGUUUCUCCUCGGGUCCUCAAGCUUCCGGAGUUUUUGGAGCCUCUCCGUCUUCUGCUGGUUCUGCCGCUAGCCAGGGCACAGCAGGAAGCGCCCGCGCAGCUCCAGGAGUUAGUAGAGCUGCCGGUGGUAGCGGCGCCAGCCAAUCACCCGCAAGGCAAUAAAAAACCAAUGGGACCGUUCCUGGCCAUUCCACAAAAGCUAAAUAUACUUUCUGCGGUUUCCUGGACAAUAAAUUAAUUCAACAAAUUUUCCAAUGCGAAAAAAUAGGCAAAUAAACAAGAUAACUUCAUUCACUACAGAGUGAAUAAAAGAGACAAUCUUUCAACAGAAA